CCAGGAGGUGGUGGCAGUGCCUAGCAGAUACCCUUAGUGUGAGCACAGCUGAUGCCAAGGAAGGCUUCUCUGCAGAGGAAGAAACGGAAGUGAAAAAGAAGUGACUGAAAAAGAAAUUAAAGAACGAUUUGAAGGAACAGAUCCAUUUCUUAACAAGAUCAAGUUUGAAUUAAAUGGCUGAUAAACAGAUCAGUUUACCUGCCAAGCUGAUAAAUGGAGGGAUAGCUGGGCUGAUUGGCGUCACCUGUGUAUUUCCCAUUGACCUGGCAAAAACUCGUCUGCAGAACCAGCAGAAUGGCCAGCGGAUGUACACCAGCAUGUCUGACUGCCUCAUUAAAACCAUUCGGUCAGAAGGCUACUUUGGCAUGUAUAGAGGGGCUGCAGUGAACCUGACCCUAGUGACACCAGAAAAGGCUAUCAAACUGGCAGCCAAUGACUUCUUCCGGCAUCACCUCUCCAAAGAUGGGAAAAAGCUGACACUGCUGAGGGAGAUGCUGGCAGGCUGCGGCGCGGGUACCUGCCAGGUGAUUGUCACCACUCCCAUGGAGAUGCUCAAAAUCCAGCUGCAGGAUGCAGGGCGAAUUGCGGCCCAGAAGAAGCUGAUGGCAGCUCAGGCCCAGCUCUCCUCUUCCUCUGUGGCGGGGGCGGCGGAGCCAGCAGUGGAAACACGCACCACAGCAAUGCAGAUAACAAGGGAGCUGCUGCGGAGCAAAGGCAUCGCGGGACUCUACAAGGGCCUGGGAGCCACGCUGCUAAGGGAUGUCCCGUUCUCCAUCGUUUACUUCCCACUGUUUGCAAACCUGAACAAGCUGGGCCAGAAAGACCCCAAUGUCAAGGCUCCGUUCUAUGUGUCCUUCCUCUCCGGAUGCGUGGCUGGCAGUACGGCUGCGGUGGCUGUCAACCCUUGUGACGUGAUCAAAACGCGUCUGCAGUCCUUGCAGAGAGGAGUGAACGAGGACACCUACUCAGGAAUCCUGGACUGCACCAAGAAGAUCUGGCAAAAGGAGGGGCCCAUGGCUUUCCUGAAAGGGGCGUACUGCCGAGCCCUGGUCAUUGCUCCUCUCUUCGGCAUCGCACAAGUUGUCUACUUCAUCGGCAUUGCGGAGUUCCUGCUGGACAUGCUCCCCAAGCACCGAGCCUAGCUCCAGCGCGCGUGCGUGUGCCCUCCCACCCUCUGCCACGCCAAAUUCAUCCCUGUGUUCAUCAUCCGUGUCAAUUGGUGUCAGAGCAACAGCACAAAGGGUUCGCGCAGGGAUGCUGGGGGGACGUGGUCUCCAGACGAGCAAACGCGGGGAGGGAGAGAGUCCCUUUUCUAUCUUGGCCUGGAACCUGUCCCCUCCUGCUCCUUCCACGGACAAUACCUAAUUAUGCAUUUUUUUUUUUCUUUCCUUUUUUUUUCGUUUUUAACUUGUCAUUUUUAAGGACACUGGUAAGCACAGUCUGGGCUUGCAGACCCAGAAGUCUCCUCCCAGCCUUGGGGAGGAAGAGGGAUGGGAAAGAAAUAACCUGAACCCUCGUCCACCCCAGUGCCCCUCUUUCUUCCUGGAGUUGCCAGCUAUCUGAGGAGGAGCUGGAGGGGCAGCUGUGUCCCCUCAGCCCUCCUUGCCUCUGCUGGCCCCAGGUCGAGAGUGGACACUGCACAAAGGGGGCUCCAUCUCAUCGGUGCCGGAGGCACAGCGGGGGGGGAUGCUGGAUCUGGAAAGUUCUUUGGCCUGGAAACCUUCACCCCUCCCUUCUCUGUUUCUCAAAAACGAGUUGGACUUAGAUGAACUUCUUGGAGAGCAGAGGAAAGGAAAGGGGAUGGUUACUAUUGAUUUUGUAAUUAUUUUUGUUUUAAAGCAAAGGGAUGUCCCUCCUAACUAGGUGUCACAGGCACGUUUGAGUGAGGUGCAGAGAUGAGACGUCCGCUCUGUAGGGAACACGUCUGUGGGAUCACACGAAUGUCUGAAGGUGCUUCACUGCUUGGUUUACAGGCAGGGGAGGGAGAGGAACUUGGGAUCAAGUUAUUUUUGUUCAGGUUUUGGGUUGUGUUGUGUUGUUUUGUUUUGUUUUUAAUGCAGGGAUUGUGGGGAGGGAAAACCAAACAACAAGAAACCACUUACAUUCCUUCAGCCUGGCCACCCCUAGGGUGAUAAAGCGGUGGCCACAGGUGUAGAUGAGCUGAUUAUUUUUUUUUUUUCCAGCCUGGCUCUGAACCUUGGGGAGGCGUGCUUAGAAAUGCCACGCCUGAGUGCUCACCUUGCAAGGUGAAAACACAAGGUCUAGUUGUGCUUUGAUGUUUGACUUGGGCGUGUUUGGAACCAGCUGGUGUCAAAGAGGCGGAGGGUUCCCGCACCCCGAGCAAGGAGCUGUUUGCGUGUACGUGAUCACAGGGUUGGGUCCUCUGGAUCAUAAAGACUCAUCAUCCCACUCGCUUCUGGGGUGGUGAUUGUUGUUGGGUGGCGGGGGGCAAAUCCACACCUACAACCCACUCUGUCAAAGGGACGCUGCCCCAGCUAACACGACUUGUCAGAGGACUUCCGCGUUCAGUACUCUCUUGGGCUGUGUAAUUAAUUCUCGUUUAAAUGAUCUUAAGUACAAUAUCUACCGACCCAGCGCGAUCUUCUCCUUUAUUUAUUCCAUUUGGUGCAAUCCACCUGACUUUGGUGUUUAAAUUAAAC